UGGAAGGCAGCAACAGGCCGCUUUAACCCACGCCACGGAACAGUAGCGGCAGUGGCUUCCUCUCUGCAGCGUCGCCCUGCCCCGCUGCGCUGCUCCGUUUGGGGGGGACGCCUCGCUCAGCCCCCGCUGCCUCCUCAUUGGCUCAGCUGUUGGAGCCGCUCCUUCGCUUCUUCUUACGGUCGAGACGACACUUUGUUCCAGCUGCCCAAAAGUGCCUUAAAAAUUCUCCAAAACAGCCCGGUGGAAAGUUUUGCCAGUCAGAAAGAUCACACGCGUCGCCCUGGUAGAGAUCGAAAAGAACUAAAAGCAAAGAGUCGAGGAGUCCUGGUGAGAAGAGGAGCGGAGAAAUCAACACCAGCAGCUGGACUCCUGGAAACUCUACUCCUCUGGGGGGACCGUGCGCUCACAUGAUGGAGAAGCCUGCUCUGGAUUCCAGCGAGGAGAGAGCCUGGCUGGGAGAGGGCCAGUCCGAAGUGCAGCUUGCAGCCAGUCCUGAUACAGCAGACCCAGACGAUGCAGAUCGACCCGCCUGGGAUUCCAAAAUCCAGUACGUGUUGGCUCAGGUCGGCUUCAGCGUGGGCCUGGGGAACGUCUGGCGGUUUCCAUACCUUUGCCACCAAAAUGGAGGAGGGGCCUUCAUGCUCUUGUAUGUUUUUCUUCUACUGAUUGUGGGAGUCCCCCUGUUUUUUAUGGAGCUGGCAGCGGGCCAAAGUAUUCGACAGGGAAGCAUUGGCGUAUGGAAGCACAUCUCCCCGAAGCUGGUGGGGAUCGGCUACUCCAGCUGCGUGGUUUGUUUUUAUGUAGCUCUUUACUACAAUGUCAUCAUUGCGUGGAGUCUUUUCUACUUGGGAAACUCCUUCCAGUAUCCGUUGCCGUGGGAACACUGCCCGAUUGAUGUCGCCACCAAUGACACAGUGAAGGAAUGUGCGAGCAGCUCCCCAACGCCAUAUUUCUGGUUCAGGAAAGCCCUGAACAUCACCAACUCCAUAGAGGAAUCUGGAGAGUUUAACCCCAUCAUGACAGGCUGCUUGUUGGCUGCUUGGGCGAUUGUGUCGCUGGCUAUGAUCAAGGGCAUCAAGUCGUCUGCAAAGGUGAUGUACUUUUCUUCGGUUUUUCCCUAUGUGGUGCUCUUCAUCUUCCUCAUCAGAGGGAUGUUAUUGGAUGGAGCCAUUGAUGGGGUCACAUAUAUGUUUUAUCCAAAACUGGAGAUUUGGGGCAACGUACAGGUGUGGCGACAGGCAGCCACGCAGGUGUUUUUCGCCCUGGGUCUGGGCUACGGCUCUGUCAUCGCGUAUUCCUCCUACAAUCCGAUCCACAACAACUGCCACAGGGACGCCCUGAUGGUCUCCUGUAUCAACUUUAUGACAUCGGUGCUGGCCUCCCUCGUGGUUUUCGUGGUGCUGGGGUUCCGGGCCAAGACCAUCGCCCUGCACUGUGUUGCUGAAAAUCUUGGCGUGUUAAAUCUUAUGUCUUAUAAUGGGUCUGGCCAGUACUGGUGGCCUUCGUUCAAUGUGACAGAUCGGAGCUCCGUGACGCUACCUGAAUACAGACAGUGGUACGAAGAGUACGGCUCCAAGCUGGGGCCUCAGUUCACCGACUGCAAUUUGGAGGAGGAGAUGAACAAGGGUGUCGAGGGGACGGGCCUGGCAUUCAUAGCGUUCACUGAAGUGAUGGCCCUCUUCCCGGCCAGCCCCUUCUGGUCCACGCUGUUUUUCCUGAUGCUCCUCAACCUGGGCAUGAGCACCAUGUUCGGGACCAUGCAGGGAAUCCUCACGCCUCUCAUGGACAACUUUAAACUCCUGGGCCGCCAUCGGACCCUCCUCACAGUGUUCAGCUGUGUGUUGGGGUUCAUAAUCGGAUUAUUGUUCACCCAGCGAUCUGGCAAUUAUUUUGUGACUAUGUUUGAUGACUACUCUGCAACCCUACCACUAGUCAUUGUUGUCAUUUUCGAAACCAUUAGUGUGUCGUGGGUUUACGGCACAGAUCGGUUCCUGGAUGACAUCGAACUCAUGCUCAAGUGGCGCCCCCCGGUGGUGUACAAAUAUCUCUGGAAGUACGUCUGUCUGCUGGCAAUGGUUGGUCUCCUUGCUGCCAGUUUUUUGCGAAUGGUUUUCAAGAGGCCCACGUACACCGCCUGGAAUCAAACGGCAGCUUCCGAGAUGACCCUUGAGUACCCGGGCUGGGCCCUGGCUAUGAUCGUCAUGCUCAUAGUGUUCGCCAGCCUUCCCAUGCCCAUCGGCUACAUCUAUUCCACGCUGAAAAACCGCCACGCCCUCGACGUCCCCCCCCAGGAGGGCCCCGGCCCGCAGGUGCACCGCGAGCUGUACACCAAGUGCAACUCCACCGAUCAGCUGGACUCCAACUCUCAUUCGGCCCCCUGUGAGGCAGACGGGAUUCGUCCCAGGACUUCCUUCCUCCCGGUGGGCAACGAGCAGUACCAGCUCCUGCCCCAGCAGGAGGAGGAGGGGGAAGAGGAAGAGGAGCAAGACACAGGGGUCUGAGGGGGGAUACUCGGGCCGAUAAAAUGCUUCGGACUGGGAUGAGGAAAAGCAAGACGAGGGAGAGUACAACAUUACAGACUAAAGUGAAAACAGUCAGUUACAGCAUUUUUGUUUAUUAGAGCAAAUAUCCCUGUUGUAUAUGUUUAUGUUUAGCAAACACUAGUGUUAAUAAGAUACAAAUCCUUUAAAGUAUUCACAUUAAAUCCAACUCCUCUGUUUGGCUCCCUACCUCCACUUUCUGAACCACGCAUAAGCUGUCUGAAGAAUGAAGCGCAGCUAGUUCUGACUACCUUAACUUCGUCUGGGAGUCCUAACCGAGCGGCCGGUGAUGAAUCCAGCCAGCAAUGAGCUACGGGGGAGUAGGUUUUUUAGAUAAAUAAGAUUUCAUUUGCUAGAAACUGUGACGUAUUUGCAUGUCUGCGUGUGACAGUGGUGUAGAUGUGCGUGUACCAGGUGUGGAUCAGGCAUUUUACCGUUUUUGUUUGUUUUUGUGAUCAGUGUUUUAAGAUUGGAGUUGUUGAAAGAUGGAGCUCCACGUUCUAACGUCUUGACAGGACAACAUAUCAGGUUCCAUCCCAGCCUCAGAGCAAACUUUAUUUUACUUUGAUAUGCAAUAUUUCGGGGUUUGCUCGACAUUUUGUUUUUUGGGAGGAUUCUUUCUCCUGCUUUUUCACACAUUGCAAGGUUGGCUGCUUGGUUCUACGCUGUCCUGUUUAUAUAUUUGUGGCUGCUGAGUCCCAUUAGCUCAUUAGCCCAGAAAAAUGUCCAACAACCAGCCCCACAUACAUCAAAUUGUAUUAGAUAACUGGUCUGCUGUCUUGCGUUGUUGUAAAAAGGGAAUCACAGAUAUGUAACCAAACAAUUUUAUUUAUCACUUUAAAAUUCUGGCUUUGUUUAACGUACAGGUAGCAUUCUUGACUAAGUAAAUGAAAAACAGAGGAAAUGGUGAGGAAAAGAAACCAAUUUGAACCAAGAACAUCGGAAUAAGGGCUUUGUGUUUUGCUGCACCUUUUUGGCUUUUUUUAACAGCUUCAGUUCUUUUAAUAAUGUAAAAAAACAUUUUAUAUAAAUCUCUUACUGCCUCUUACUAGGAAUUGGACACUGUAUGAUAAGUGGGACAUUAAGUCCUUUAAUGUCCCACAGUGGAAAAAUUCAGGUGUCCCGGCAGCACGGUGAUUCGUAAAUGGAAGAAUGCAGACGCACGCAAUGGUACAAAAUAUAAAAAUAAGAAUAAAAGACUGUACAAUAAGGACCAAUUUACAACAUAAGAAUAAUACUGUAGAGUUAUCAGCUGUUAAAAGUGGCAUCCUCAAGAAAUGAGGGAUGUGUGCACAUGAGUAGGGUGAUUUGAAGAAAUCUGCAUAAGUCAUUCAUCCUUGUAAAUGUAUUUAAAAGAGUAAAUAAACUGCAAAAACAGCAGCGAUGGAAAUACUUAAUAAGUUUGUUGGGGGAAGAGAUGGUUAUAAAGUCUAACAGCUACUGGGAAGAAGAACGGCAUCCCAGAACGGAGCUGAGCUACCUGAUAACAUACCAAAGUGUUUUUUUGCAAAAAGGUUACACAAAAUAUAAAACGAUAACAUUUUGCUUUUAUUUAAAACAGUCUCGUGGAGUUAUUCAAAAAGUUUGAAUUGCCAGCCGUUACGUUUAGCAGUAGUGUUCAGGUAUUUAUGCUCAUUGUGCAGACUGUUCUAACUUUAACUCUUCUGCUGUUUCUAGAAUAAGAGUGGAUGUACAUAAAGCUGAUAUUAGCUGUUUAUCUAGUCUGGCUAUCUGCUCCAAUAACAAUCCAGCAGUUGGUUGCUCAACAGACAUUGAGUUCAUAGCUUACCAGCUAUGAUUGUGAAACAUCCAUCCAGUCCCUAAUCCGGUUUAUCCAUAGAUCUCCAGUGGUUGAGAAUCUGUAUGGGGGGAAGCAGGAGUACCCAGGUAGAACCCAUGCAUGCACAGGGAGAACGUGCAAACUCCAUGCAGAAAGGCCCUGACAGGGAUUCAAAUCUGGACCUUCUUGCUGCAAGGCAACAGUGCCAACAACUGUUUGUUUCAGGACAGUGAAUAUCUCAAAACAACUGAUAUAAUCUUUCCUUUAAGCAAGGGGGAUCAGCAGUGUGCGGCAGCUACACAACUCUAGUUCCAAACAGCUGGUAAAAAAAAAAGCAGCUUUCCAACACUAUCUCUGGCAUCUAGUUAAAGAAAGACUUUAAAGUGUAGUAAUAGUCUGAAAUAGUUAGUGGUUUUGAAGCUAACCUUUCCAAAUCGUGUUAUCCUUUUUAUGGUGGUAACCAGCCUACAUGUAGUUGUAACAUUUUUGUAUUGCUAACAUAUCAGCGCUGCAGAAUGGAGACCAGACGCUUGUUUUUCCAGUGUCCGCCAUACAUUGCCUGUUAAAUUCAAACCUGGACUGUUUACUUGGCAUACUAAGUUGUGAACCAUUUGCUCAGCACACAUAUAUUAUCACCCUGAAAAACAUGUUUAUCAUCAAACUACUUAAAUAACACUAUUUUAGACUGAUUGAAUAAGGAAACAGUUUAAAGUGUUGCCGUCUGGCUGGGUUUUUACUUAAAUUUGCCCCAUUCCUUCACUUGAUAUGCAGACGAGAACCUAUCAGAAUGUGCUUGUUUUUUUCUGUUAGUCAUCUUUAUGUCUUUCAUUGAAAAAGUACAAACAACCAUAUAGAGAUGUAUGAUUAAUCACUGAACAUACAGUCAUCCAGUCACAAACAGUUUGUGCUUCUCUUUAAUUCACUAAAAUCUUGUUUUCUUUUCCUGUUCUUUUCUUUUUUGGAUGUGCACUACAGUUCUAGUUUGGCUUUUCUCUAAAUAUUUCUCACACUAAAGUCAACAUUGACCCACUUUUCUACUUAUUUGUCUUCCGUGUCUUUAGUGGGUUUUCUGUUUUUAAGGUGUGUUGCUUGGAGCUUUGAUAUCUUUCUUGGACAACUUGGAUGUUUCCUUCCCACAGCCUUUUUAAGUUAUUUAACCCAUAAAACUGUAGAAACAACAAACAACUUGAAUCUUCCUGUCAAUUGUUACAUUUUUACUUAACACUCAUUUGCAUUAUUAGACAUAUGCAAGUAUUUGUUUCAAAGAUACUAAUAAAUGGGAACUCCAUAUUUUUUUCUCCACCAAUGAUCCCAAAUUUUUGUCAUUGCUUUGUUCUGAAAAUGUAUUUAACAUUGAUUAAAACAAUGUCCGUACGUCUUCCACAGAAGUAAUUUCCUCUUUUCUUUCUUUGUUGAAAAAGCAACCACUGUAGACGAGCAGCAACAGUAGGUUUCCGAUUUGUGUGUAUGUUGUGUUUUUCUGAGACCAGGGUGGUUUGAGAGCAUCUGAUCUGAACUGGUUUGGUUUUGAAAUAAAAAAUAAUGUGACAGUAA